GUUGGACUGAAAAGGAAAUGCUUCAAACAGAAACAUCUGGUCUUUGAGGUGGAAGGUGCUUGCAGUUUUCAUAGCUCAGGGCGCAUUGUUUCAAGAAAAACUGGGAUUAAUGAAAAAUUCAACAUGUCUUCUUCAACCAUCAUUGGCUUCUACAGUAGCUCUGCCAAUCAUCUAUUCUUUCCUAUUUACUACAGGUGGUUUUGGAAAUAUUCUCUCUUGGUGGAUAUUUUCAAAGCACAUAUCUACAAAAAGAACACAGAACAUCUACCUGACAAAUCUUGGUAUUGCAAAUUUAUUUGUAUGCCUUACGAUGCCUUUUCUCACUGCCUACUUUGCAGAUGGCUAUCAGUGGGAGUAUGAUUCUGUGCUAUGUAAAACAGUAAACUACUUUGGAACUCUGGUUAUGCAAUUUAGUAUGUAUGUCAGCAUUACAAUUUUAUGUUGGACUGCUGUAAGUCAGUAUGCAACACUGAUGAAAAAUAAUGACCACACACAAUAUUCUCCAUCAAUUAAUGAAAACUUCUUCUAUAAAUGUCUACUGGAAAAGUUUCGGCAGCCAAAAUUUGCUAAAUACUUGUGCAUCAGUAUAUGGAUCAUUGUACUGAGUGUAACUGUACCAGUUAUAGUGUAUGAUUUUCAUGUACAGCCUGAUCAUGAACAAGUUGACAGAUGCUACAGCUGGAAGGCAGAAUAUGGCCAACUCACUUCAAAGAUCACAGUUCUUAUUGCUACUGCAUGGUUUUUUUUAUUUUUUAUAACAGUAUUAUUCUCAUACUAUUCCCUUGUCAAUCACCUGAGUAAAAUACAGAAAAAUACUUGCAUUGGAAAGAAACAUCUAAUUUACAAUACAGUCAAAAGAAACAUUUUUGUCAUCCUGCUUAUAUUAACUGUCUGCUUUCUUCCAUAUCAUAUUUUCAGGCCAGUUUCUUAUGCACUUCUUGCUAGUGAAGACUGCCAGAUGAUGAACUAUUUAGUGGAAGCAAAAAACUUUCUUAUUUGUCUUGCAGCUGCCAAAAGUAGUUUAGACCCUGUUGUAAAUCUUUUAUUAGAUAAAAGAUUUAAGAAGAGUCUAUACAAUCGCUUCAGAAAAUCCUCAUCACAAGAUCACAAGCAUACAGCUAAUAUUGAAGAGAUUACACAAAUGUGAAGAAGGAAUAAGUAAAAAUCUUAACAUACUUUAGGACAAAAACUUUUUUGCCAAACAUAACUACCUAUAACAGAAGAAUUCUUUCCAUCCACAAUGAAAAUGAAAUUUACAGGUAAAAGAUGAAUUUAUAGAAUUUUUAAAAAACUGCUUAUGAACAUUAGACCUGUUUAUUCAUGUUUGUAACUUUGCUGUUGCUUGAUGAACCUUUAUACCUCUUACAAUGAAUUGUGCACUAUCAUUUUGCUUACACAAAAUGAAAAAAGGGAUUACAUUUUAUGUUUGAACUAUACACAUUGAUUAAUUCCAAUUUGGAGAAACCAAAGAUAAGGAAAGUGAAGAGAGCAGACAAUAGAUCAAAGGUAAUAACUUGG